GGAGGUUGCGUAUUGGCAGUGUUCUCGUUUUUCAUAGGCUGAUGGUAUAUUUCGUCAAAGUAAACGUGCGGAUUGCCUCGCAUCCCAGUACUAUAUGAAACGUAUUGUAAGGAAGGCAUUGCGAGUGGUUGAGUUCGCAUUUGGUGCUACCAAAGGGGCGGGUGGACAAGCUUAUCUCUUCGAGUCACGACAGAUCUUUCUUUAGUACUCCUGUUUUUGGAGGGAACUUGUAGGUUCUCAAUCAGGUGGGAGCGGCACUUCGGUCCAGCCGGCGCCCAGAAUUGACUAAAGAUGGAGGGCGAGAAGAAACAGGUUACAGGGUACCUCCUGUUCUCGUUGGGUACUGCUGUCAUUGGGUCACUGCAGUUUGGCUACAACACAGGAGUCAUCAAUGCCCCUGAACAGAAACUGCGGGCCUUCUUCAACAGCACCUGGAUGGAGCGCUACAACGAGCCCAUCAGCCCGGGUGUGUGCACCAUCGUGUGGAGCUUGGCCGUGGCCAUUUUCAGUGUGGGCGGCAUGGUGGGAUCCUUCAGUGUGGGCGUCAUGGCCAACUACUUCGGCCGACGGAGGUCUAUGUUCCUGGUCAACAUCCUCGCCGUGAUUGGGGGUCUUCUGAUGGGCUUCUCCACCAUCUGCAACUCCUAUGAGAUGGUCAUUGCUGGACGCCUCAUCAUCGGCCUCUUCUGUGGUCUCUUCACGGGCCUCACUCCCAUGUACGUUGGCGAGGUGUCCCCCACGCCACUCCGGGGAGCCUUCGGCACCUUGCAUCAGCUGGGGGUGGUGAUUGGCAUCCUGGUGGCACAGAUCUUUGGCUUGGAGUCACUGCUGGGGUCGGACACCCUGUGGCCCCUGCUGCUGUCAUUGACGGUCGUCCCAGCCGUGCUGCAGUGCAUCCUGCUGCCCUUCUGCCCCGAGAGCCCCCGCUACCUCCUCAUCAACCAGAACAAGGAGGAGCAGGCUCGCAAAGCCCUGAUGCGUCUGCGCGGUAGCGAGGACGUCAGUAAAGACAUGCAGGAGAUGAAGGAGGAGAGUGCCAAGAUGGCCGCUGAGAAGAAAGUAACCAUCCCGGAGCUGUUUCGUAUCCCCGCCUACCGCCAGCCACUCCUCAUUGCUGUUAUGCUGCAUCUCUCCCAGCAGCUGUCCGGGAUCAAUGCCGUGUUCUACUACUCCACUGGCAUCUUUCAAUCGGCUGGUGUGACCCAGCCCAUAUAUGCCACCAUUGGUGCUGGGAUUGUUAAUACUGUCUUCACUGUGGUGUCUCUAUUCUUGGUUGAGAAGGCGGGACGGAGGACUCUCCACCUUAUUGGACUAGCUGGAAUGGCGGUCAGCGCCCUGUUAAUGACUAUCGCUCUCUUGUUGAAGCACAUCGAGUCUCUGAGCUAUCUAAGCAUAGCUGCAGUAUUUGCAUUUGUGGCCAUGUUUGAGAUGGGGCCUGGUCCGAUCCCAUGGUUCAUCGUGGCCGAGCUGUUUUCCCAGGGCCCACGUCCUGCCGCCAUGGCCGUGGCCGGCUGUUGUAAUUGGACGGCCAACUUCCUGGUUGGAGUCAGCUUCCCAAAGCUAGAGGAACUGUGUGGUCCUUACGUCUUCAUUAUCUUCAUGAUCCUCCUCAUCUUCUUCUUCAUCUUCACCUACUUCAAAGUCCCAGAGACCAGAGGCAAAACCUUUGAUGAGAUUGCGCUGUGCUUCAGUGGCAUCCCAACCACCGACACAUUGGUGGAGGCCGCGCCCAUCAGCACCAGUGCUGCUGUGACACUUCCUGCUACCCCUGUGAAAGAGAAGGUCCCUUUGGUUGAGGCCCCGCCGGCAGAGGAUAAAUCUAACUCUACUGCACAGGAAAGCUUGUAGGAAACCUGUUGCAGGUUAGAGUUAAAAGGCACAAGGUCAAAAAGAGCAUGGGGGGUAAGAUAUUAACAACAACAAAUCAAAGCUUCAGUCUUCAAGUCAAUGAGAGGUGAGUUUGUAAGCAACGACACAAACAGAUUUCCUCAAAGGUCAAUAUGGGGAUCAGGAGACGCUUGUAGCGGACAUUUUGGUGCAAUACAGUAUAUAGGCUGAUUUAAGGGUUCUUUUUAUUAACUUAAUUUAAUUACUUUUUUAAUUUUACCUCAAAAGGGAUCAUGGUAUUUAUAAUACCUUACACCUUACCUUACCUUAUUUAAACCUUCCGUUCCGGUUUCCUUUUAUGAUUUGAACUCCUUUGCAGCUAUGCCAAAGUGUUUAACAUUUUAAAACGCACCUGGUCAAAAUGGAGAACAGCUAAUUUUUUGUUAUACACACUGUAUUAGUUUUAAACGUCAAAGUAACUUGUAAAGUGAAAAGGAUUUGACGAAGAGAAGAGAGGGGACUAUAGUUUUGUUAGGAAUAGUAUUUUUACAAACCCGUCCAAUGUAAUUAAGGCAGUAAAAGUACAAAAUGAUACAUGCUUAUUGCCACUCUUAAUCAUAUAAACUGAAUAAAAAACUGAAUCUCGAAUUGUAUAAAAAUAGAAGUCACGUGUUCUGCUAGGGCACUUUAGCUGCAUCUUGUAACCCUGAUGUAAUGUAAUGUCUUUAUAAUCAGCAGCAGACAGAGCUAUGAAAGCCAGUAUCCAACACUGGUCAAAAAGAACAAAAGCGCUUUAUCAAUUACGAGUAAGGCAAUGAAUUAUUCAUAAUUAGAGAAAUAUACCUAAAGGGAGUAUUUUUAUAAUCUGCCAAUAAUAUGAAUUUAGGAUAGAAGAUCUGCCUCAAUCAAUUAAUAAUUAAUAAUUGGAGAAAUAUCUACCUAAAGGGGGUGUUUUUUUCCAUCCGCCAAUAUGAAUGUAGUAUAGUUUAGAAUUACAAUAGAAUAGUAAAGUAAUAGAAUCACUAACCCUAAUAGCUUAUUAGGAAAUUGUAUCUCAUCAUACCAAAAUAGCUUUAAAAUUAGGAAUGGUAAUCUAAAAGUAUGGGUAUUUUAGAGCUGUUGGUAGUUUGUAAAGGGGAGACUCGAAAUGUCAUGUCAUGAAAAGGAUUUUAGAGCUGGUCACAGUGAUGCUGGGAUGUGGAGUGCAAUGAUGAUUCUUGAGCGGAGAUGCUUUGAUGAUUUGGUGAAAUAAUCAUAAGAAUCUUAUUUUGUUUGUUGUUGGUUCAUGGAAUUUUAUUUUGAACGCUACAGUGAACUGCCAUUGUGACCAAACAUGAGGAGCCACAAAUCUUUUCAAAUAACUCAAUUACGAGUUUGUGCUCAUUCUAGUUUGUCAUGCUUUGUCUGAAGAUAAACUAUGUGGAAUCUAAUUCAUGAAGAAUUUUAUUGAAAGAGUUGAUGUUUCACAGUUGAGUACUACAGUAUGUUACACAAUAUAUUUAAAUAAGUAUUUGUGCUUGUGUAAAUUAAUUGGAGUAAUUUAUCGCCCCUGCACUUUUACCAUUGAUCUUGCUUUGAAUUAAGUCAGAGUCAUUGCAGUGUUAUGUAUUGGUCAUACAGUAUAUUGUGAGUAUAUGUAUGUGUUGCACAGGGAAAAUGCAUUCCCUUGAUGGUAGUGGUCUAUAUUGUCUUUGAUCUCUCUCUUUUCCACAACAACACUAACCCUACUGUUACUAUGACUGUGGUACUACUACACUAACCAUACCCUGCUAACUUAUGCAUAUGUGUGACAAUUCACUCACUGUACAAACCUUAGGAAAAUAUUAAUUUGUAAAUAUGUAAUUUUUAAGAGAGAAUAUUUAUAUGUUGACUGCUAUGGUUGAAUGUGCACUCAUUGUAGUUUUUUUACCUUGAGGAUGCCGGUAGGUCAAACAGAAAGACAAUUUAACAGUACUUGUGUUUAAACGGUGGUGAGGAUGCAAUUGACCAUGUUAGUCUCUUAGAGAAUUCCAACAGUGGUUCCAAUUAGCCCUGCCCCACUCUGCCUCUCCCCAUCUCUUCUUCCCACCUAAGCAGCACUCUUCAGUGCCACUUUCCUGUGCAAGGAUUAGUCCCAACUCUCAAGUUUUACUUUAAUCAAUAACUGUUAUUUAUUGUUUUAUAGACAUAGACUUGGGUUAAAACUAAUGUCUUAAUCCUGUCUCAUUGUCCUAAUGUUCAUUGACACAAAUGCCAAACUCUGUUGUUUUUGCUUCACAAACCAAACCAAUUGACCUCCUCAAUGUUCAUAUUGUGCGCUUGCCUUUCAUUACCUGUAUAUGUUUCCUUUGGUACACCAGUGCACCAGUCCCUUUGUCUGCUGCACCUGUUCUCUGUUUGUUGCCUCACGCAACGCUUGUUCUUCGCUUGUGCUGUGUUUGAACAUGCUUUCACAAGGCUUUGCCACAACAAGGGCAUUUACUCAAGGUCUAUGGUCAGCCACCAAUGGUGAUAAGGGAACUCAUUUGAUGUAAUGUGAUGAACAGUAAGGUGCAGUAAAGUACAAGUUGAGAGACAAUGGUGUUUUCUUUACCGAAUGCUGUAGAGUAGAUUAACUACUGUAUGAUAAAAUGGCAAGGAAAUAUGUUCCUUCUCUUAAUCAUACUUAUUGAACAACAGCAAUGAUGCCCACUCAACUGUCACAUGUUUUUGUUUCUUUGUGUUUAUAUACAAAUAUAAUGUUGUUAAAUAAAAUAUACAUCAUC